AUGGCUACCCAGCGUCACUAUUACCAGCCCGCUGCCUACCCAUACUACCCUGCCCCAUCCAAGGCACCGGCAUCAGCAGCUCUCUAUCCAAUCUCCAGAGUCGCAGGCUCAUUGCCAGACUAUUCCGAUGCAAGCACCACAGCCGGCAGUCGUUCUUCCGGCGGACUUACCUUCAGCUCCGCUGGCGACUACGACUCCAGCUCGGCAUCGUACUCCGGCGUCGAUGUCGUGGAUGUCUUAAACAACCGCAUGCAGGAAGCAUUUGAUCCAACCUCAUUGGACAAAGGUCUAGCACGACAAGCGCAAACAUCGGGCCAACUAAACGCAAAACAGCAAGAACUACUCGAACUCCAAGCCCUAGCCCAACGCCGCCUGAAAGGCGUACGAGCGAAUUUCCAAGAAGGCCUCCGCACAGCCAGAGAAACAAAACGCGACCUCGAAUGGACCCAGAAACGAGUCAGUGUCCUGAAGAAUAAGGCUGAGAAGGCUUAUCCCGAGGAGUAUCGACGGUCUGCGAAGAAGUAUGUUUAUGAUGACUAUUAG